AUGUCUUUGUCUUUUGUUACACCUGAAGUUGCUGAGAAAGUACAAUUUUAUUUGGAUCAUGAAAAAAAUGUUCAUUAUCUUAAUGAAAUAAAUGAACUUAUUAAGGAAAAAAAUUGUAAAGAAUUAACUUCAAGAAUGACUGGUAAACUUACAUUUGGAACAGCAGGAAUUCGUGCUCGUAUGGAAGGUGGCUUAAGUCGGCUUAAUGAUCUUACAAUAAUCCAAAUUACAAAUGGUUUCGCAAAAUAUAUCAAUAAAACUUUACCAAAAGAGAAAUGGUCUAUUGUUAUUGGGUAUGAUGGUCGUCACAAUUCAGCUAGAUGGUCUAAACUUGUUGCUAAUGUUUUUAUUAAACAUUCCAUUAAAGUUUAUAUGUUUUCUGCUGUUACACCGACACCUGUUGUUUCAUAUGCUGUAAUCAAACUUCAAACUGGUGCAGGAUUAAUGAUGACAGCAUCACAUAAUCCUAAAACUGAUAAUGGUUAUAAAGCAUAUUGGAGUAAUGGAGCUCAAAUUAUUGGUCCACAUGAUAUUGAAAUAUGUAAAGAAGCUGAAGCUGAUCCAAUUCCUAAAAAAGAAUAUUGGGAUAUUAGUGGUUUAGAAGAAAAUCAAUUAUAUGAUAGUGCUGAUUCUGUUAUUGAUAGUUAUUUUAAAGAUGAAGAAUGUUUAGUUUUUCAUAAAGAAGAAAAUAAAUUAUGUCCAAUUAAAUUCACUUAUUCUGCUUUUCAUGGUGUUGGUCGUGAUUAUUGUAUAAGAAUGUUUGAUGUUUUUGGCUUCAAAAAAGAUAAUAUUAUUCAAGUUAAAGAACAAUGUGAUCCAAAUCCUGAUUUUCCAACAGUUCCUUUUCCUAAUCCAGAAGAAGGUGAACGUGUCUUAAAACUCUGUAUUGAAACUGCUGAUGCUAAUAAUUCAAGUGUUAUUUUGGCAAAUGAUCCUGAUGCAGAUCGUAUUCAAAUGUCAGAAAAACAAUUAGAUGGUAGUUGGUAUGUAUUUACAGGUAAUGAAAUGGGUGCCAUUAUAACAUGGUGGAUAUGGAUGAAUUAUAAAAAAAGAUAUCCAAAUGAAGAUUAUAGUAAAGUUUAUAUGCUUAAUAGUGCUGUAUCAUCACAAAUUGCUAGAACUAUGGCAAAUAUGGAAGGUUUUAAACAAGAUGUUACAUUAACUGGUUUCAAAUGGAUGGGAAAUUAUGCUGAAGAAUUAAAAGAAAAAGGAUACAAAGUUAUUUUGUCAUGGGAAGAAUCAAUAGGUUAUAUGCCAGGUCAUACAUUAGAUAAAGAUGGUGUAUCUUCUGCUGGUAUAUUUGCUGAAAUUGCAUCAUAUCUUCAAAGAGAAAAUAAAAAAUUAAGAGAUAAAUUAUAUGAAAUUUAUAAUGAAUAUGGUUUUCAUUUAGUUAAAUCAACAUAUUGGGUUGUUCCAGAUCCAUCAAUAACAAAAGAAUUAUUUGGAAAUCUUCGUAAAAAUAUGAAAUUCCCAGAAACAAUCGGUGGUGUUAAAGUUAAAUAUGUUCGUGAUUUAACAAUUGGUUAUGAUACAGAACAACCAGGAAAUAAACCAAAACUACCUAUAUCAACUUCUUCUGAAAUGAUAACAUUUACUCUUGAAAAUAGUAAUGUUAUUACACUUCGAGCAUCCGGAACAGAACCAAAAAUAAAAUAUUAUAUUGAAAUGAUAACUGAACCUGGAAAGACAAUUAAUGAUCUUGUUGAUGUUAAAAAGGAAUUUGAAAAAUUAGAAAGUAAUGUUGUUAAUGAACUUCUUCAACCAACAAAAUAUGGUUUAUUACCACGUUAA